UAGGGAGCUCUCAUAUAAAGCCCUCUAUGAUGAAAUGCCUUAAAAACAGACAGAAACACAAGAUCUCACAGCCCACUCCACCUUCUUCUGCCCCUGGGGACUAAAAGAAAACAAGGACGAAGCUCCACAAGUCCUUCUAAGAAGAUGCAUUUGCUCCUGCUCCUGUUGGCCUUCUUUCUGCCUCCCAAGGCACAGGCAGGGGAGAUCAUCGGGGGACAUGAAUCCAAGCCCCACUCCCGCCCCUACAUGGCCUAUCUUGAGUUUGUUGCUCAGGGUGAAUCGAAGAUGUGUGGUGGCUUCCUGAUAAGAGAAGACUUUGUGCUGACGGCCGCUCACUGCUUAGGGAGGCCAAUGUGCGUCACCCUGGGGGCACACAACAUUGAAAACAAGGAGGAGAACCAUCAGGUCAUCCCAGUGAAAAGAACCAUCCCCCAUCCAUAUUAUGACAAUCAAUCCUUCCACAAUGACAUCAUGUUAUUGCAGCUAGAGAAAAAAGCCAAGUUGAAUGCAACUGUGCAGCCUAUCAAGCUGCCCAGGGACAAGGACAAGGUGAAGCCUGGGAAGGUGUGCCUUGUGGCUGGCUGGGGGAGAAUGGCCACAAAUGGCAACUACCCCAACACACUGCAGGAGGUGGAACUGACAUUGCAGGAGGACCAGGUGUGCAAGAAACUCUUCAGAAAUUACAAUAGUAACAUAGAGAUAUGUGCGGGGGAUCCAAAGAAGAAAAAUGCUUUUUUUCAGGGGGACUCCGGAGGCCCUCUUGUGUGUAACCAUGUGGCCCAAGGAAUUGUCUCUUAUACAAAUAAUAAUGGGACACCUCCAGGCGUCUACACCAAAGUCUCCAGAUUCCUACAGUGGAUAAAGGAAACCAUGGAAAGCCACCUACUGCAGGAGACAGACUAACUCUGUAACUAACCUCCUUUCCCAGAACUGAGUCUAGAAUCACCCUGGAGGAGGUGCCCACAACUGAAUAAAUGUCCCUUAGCAAUGUGGGAA